AACACUAGUUGACAGUUGUAAAUUGUAAACAAAGGCCGCCGUUGUUCGAUUCUACGAAACAGAUCCGAUCCGCCCGAUUGCCAACCCGUCAGAACGGGGACGAAUAUUGGGCGAAGAGAAAGUUGUUUUGCAACUAGCCACCACCACGGUUGCUCGUUCCGUCUCGUUGCACGGGCAGCAGGUUUGCCACGCUGGCAAACUAGAGCGGAAGUCCAGCGCCUUCAUUCGCACAAAGGAUUGGGUGCUGACGGUGGCCGGAGCAUAAAAAUGCGCUAGAUUUUACGAUUGCUGCAAGAACUCCGAAGACCGCUUACCAGCGCAAGAAGAGUAGUUUCCAUAUCGAGUGAACGGGAUAACGUUUUGCGCCGCAAAAUGGGUGGUCCCGUGUCUGAGGUGAGUGUAUACCGACAGGAUUGCUCGAUGGAGGAGCUUUCCCUGUACGAUCCGGCAAUGCUCCUUAGCCUGGACUUUUUCCGGUCACCGGCGAACUUUAGCCCGCGGAUUUCCGCCGCCGUACCGGGGGAAAGUUGGCUGAAGGUGCGCCCACUGCAGUCGGGCGAUUUCCAUCGCGGGUUCCUUCAAAUUCUGUCUCAGCUAACGAAGGUGGGCGAUGUUUCGCUGACGCAGUUUCUCAAUCGUUUCGCACAAAUGCGUGCCAGCGGUGAUUACUACGUGACUGUGAUUGUUGAUACGCGGUAUGAUAAAAUCAUUGGCAGCGCGACGCUGGUGCUGGAGCGGAAAUUUAUUCACGGAUGUGCUACCAGAGGCCGGCUGGAGGAUGUGGUCGUGGAUGAUACGUACCGUGGCAAGCAGCUCGGCAAACUAAUCGUGGUGACCGUGAGUCUGCUGGCGGAACAGUUGGGCUGCUACAAAAUGUCGCUCGACUGCAAGGACAAGCUGAUACCGUUCUACAAAUCGAUCGGCUACACGCUGGAACCGGGCAACGCUAAUACGAUGAACAUCCGGUACGAAGGCCCAACCGCCAGAAGUAUCGACCGUAACACGGCGGGCAGCAAGCCGGAAAAUACGGAACCAUCAUGACAAUUAGCCACCAGUGCUGCUACCCUCAGUAAAUCCAAGCUCUAGACUGCGUCGAAUCGCCCUUCGACAAUCUGGCCUAGCUUAAUGCCACGCAAAAUUAUAUAUUGGCCCUUUAUUUUGCAAUUGGAUUUACUUUUUUCCCUCGGUGGGGGAGAGUGGAUUUCUGCUAUCUGAUGAAGAUUUGCCCUGAAAAACUUCUUUGCCGAUCAACGGUCAGAGAAGUAAUGUUUUUUUCAGAGUGUAUGUAUCGUCAUCAAGCAUCGCUCCCUCCCCGUGGACAGCAGCAUCUGGUACAUAAUUGGAUGAUUAUUUUAUUUUAACUUGCACCCGUUUUUUAACUUUCUUAGUCUAUGAAUUUUCUUUUAUCGAUGUAUCAUUUUUCUAUUAUUAUUUUAUCUCGCAUUUGGUGGUUGUGCUUGUAUUCAAAACAAUGGGUAAUAAAAUAGUAAAAAAAAUCCAACAGCU